GAAGAAGAAUGACUUCCUGUAAAUAACAAGGGUUGCAAACGCACAACCGUACAGUGUUGUGCAUUGUAUUGCUAACGUUAUAGAAAUGUAAUUUUCUAGUCAUGGACGGAGAAGAAGAAAUUAUUUGAACUAACUGACAGUGAGUUGGUCGCGUGGCGUCACGGACCUGAAAGGCUUUGCCUCUGGCUGCCUGGCUAGCUGGACUUAUAUGUGGCAGCUAACUAGCUUGCUAGUCACUUAGCUAGACCCACACAGCUGGUUAGCUGGUGUCAUUAGUUUUGUUUUCUCGCGGAGUAGCCGGCAACUUUAUAACACAUGAGUGUGUCUCUGGUCGUUAUCCGUUUGGAAAUAGCCAACGAGUCUCCUUCUCCACAGGGUUUCCAGUACUCAGCUGUUGAGGGCAUGUCAGAGGAGGAACUGCAAGACAAAGCUCUUGGCUUGGCCAAGCUCACUUUGAGCGGGAAGACGGAGCUCGAACAAGCAGCUAUUCUGCACCAACACAUCGGCAGCAGAGCCAUGGGAGACAUGGUCAUUGAGACGUUGGAACCAAACCCAGGAGGGGGUGAAGACCCUGGUGGUUCAGGAGAGGAGAAAAGUGAAUCUCAGGCUGCAAAGACUGAAUCAGACAGUAAGGAGGGCACCGAGGGUCCACAGGACAACCCUACGGGGACGGGCACAACUCCAGACUCGCCCUCCAAGCAGCUGCCAGACCAGAUCUCAUUCUUCAGUGGAAACCCCUCAGUGGAGAUUGUCCAUGGUAUCAUGCACCUUUACAAGACCAACAAAAUGACAUCUUUGACUGAAGAUGUUAGACGUAGCGCAAUGCUGUGCAUCCUGACUGUCCCAGCUACUAUGACCAGCCAUGACCUCAUGAAGCUUGUGGCACCUUUUAAUGAUGUCAUGGAGCAUAUGAAAAUCAUACGGGACUCCACGCCUAACCAGUACAUGGUUCUGAUUAAGUUCAGUACACAGGCAGACGCAGACAGUUUCUACACAGCAUGUAACGGCCGCCAGUUCAACUCCAUAGAGGAGGCAGUGUGCCAGCUGGUGUAUGUGGAGAGGGCCGAGGUCAUAAAAUCUGAACAGGGAGCCAGUCUGCCAGUGAUGGAGUUAACCGAGCUGCCCAAGUGCACUGUGUGCCUGGAGAGAAUGGAUGAGUCAGUUAAUGGCGUCCUCACCACACUCUGCAACCACAGCUUUCACAGCCAAUGUCUCCAGCGCUGGGAGGAUGCCUCGUGUCCUGUAUGUAGGUACUGUCAAACACCAGAACCAGUUGAAGAGAACAAGUGCUUUGAGUGUGGCGUGCAGGAGAACUUAUGGAUUUGUUUAAUCUGUGGGCACAUUGGUUGUGGUCGCUACGUCAGUCGCCAUGCCUAUAGGCACUUUGAGGAAACGCAGCAUACUUACGCUAUGCAGCUUACCAACCACCGUGUCUGGGACUACGCAGGAGAUAACUACGUGCAUCGGCUGGUGGCCAGUAAGACGGAUGGGAAGAUGGUGCAGUACGAAUGUGAGGGAGACACCUGCCAAGCAGAGAAGAUUGAUGCAUUGCAGCUAGAAUACUCCUACUUGCUGACCAGUCAGCUUGAGUCCCAGAGGAUUUACUGGGAGAAUAAGAUUGUUCAUCUGGAGAAAGACACUGCUGAGGAGAUAAACAACAUGAAGGCUAAAUUCAAAGAGACCCUAGAACGCUGUGAUAACUUGGAGCGACGGCUCGGAGAGGUAUCCAAGGAGAAACAAGGCAUAGAGAAAAAGUAUACCCAGUUGAACACGCGUGUGAUGAAACUGAGCCAGGACCUGAAGGAGGAGCAGGAGAUGAACCGCUGCCUGAGAGCCAAUCAGCAACAGCUCCAAACCCAGCUGGCAGAGGAAGAAUGCAAAGGACAAGAGAAUGCGGCGCAUAAGGAUGGGACAAUAGCCGAACUACAGGAGCAGCUGAGAGACGUGAUGUUUUACCUGGAGACCCGGCAGCAGAUUGAACACCUGCCUCCAGAGGCUCGCACCGAAAUUCAAGAAGGACAAAUUAACAUCCCUGCCAGCCCCUCAGACAGCGCUCUGGGCACGGCAGGGGCAGCCUCCGCUGCGGCCAGAGGCAGAAAAAGUCGGAUCAGGAAGAGGAAGUAGGCAGCCAUUAUUAAAAUGUAAUGGAACUGGAUGUGCCAGAAACAUUGAUCCCCUUCAACAUGGACAUGUAUAUGAUAGAAGACCUUUCUAUUGUGUGUUUGUGUGUGUGUGUGAGAGAGAGAGAGAGAGAGAGAGAGACAUUCUGGCCCCUCAGAAGGUACUCAAGAAGGAACAAGCAGUCAAAUAGGAUAAGUCUAAUUUGUUUUGUAAGAGAGUAAAUUGUGUAAAUAUUUACCUCUGCCCUUCUCAGCCUGGAUUUAUUGUAGCUUUACCAGGAAGAAAAGUGGUGAUCAGGGGGAAAUGUGGGCAAAUUGAUGGCUCACUGACAGUAAACACAAGAAGUUACCUCUCUUGUUCAAAAAUGCUGGCUUUUCCACAUCUAAAAAUUGUGUUUAUCGUUAUAAACAGUAUCUAUUUAAUCAGAAUUACGUUGACUACCUUUGAGGUUCAGUUCAUGUUAAUGAUCGUCCUUAUAGAUUUGAGCAGCCGGGGUUAGUUCUGCAGUAGUUUUGCAGGUUUUCAGAAUUUCUGGGUGUGAGAGGGCAAAUGGAGGCCACAGAGAUAGGUGAAGAAUGUUUGCUUUCUGUAAAAAUAUGACUGAAUUUGAGUGUUGACAUUUUUUCCUUGGCAAAACACAAAAUCAUUACUGGCUGGCUCUUGUUUUUGAGGUUCAUUUUGUCCAGUCUUUGUGUGACAUUAUAUAAAAUGUCUAUAAAUAAAAUUCUUCAUCAUAAAUUUUGUUCACAAAAUUAAAACUGGAAAAAAAUCAGGACAGCAAAUGUACAGUAUUUUAAUCUGAGCAAUUGAUUUGACAUGUCACUUUGCUUUCUUAUCCAUGCACUUGGUUGGAGUUUGAAAGUCCCAGGACAGAGACCAGAACACAACCAUGUAAAAGCCAUUUUUUUUUUAAGAGCAACAGGAAGCGUAUGUAUCCUUUGUAGCCUCCUGCUCUUGUUUUCUUACCUGUGCUCGGCUGAGGUAUGUGCCUGUAAAACUGUCAUGCAUACAAACCAGUGAACACUGAGGAUCAGGCCCCGCUGGAGGAAACUGAGACUGAAAAUGUUAUGUAAAAAAACAGAAACACUUUAAAAAAAUAUAUCUCAAAUGAUUGCUAGCUCCAAAGUUCUGUUGUUGGCUUUUUCACUCCUUUGAAGCAUGGCAUAUGUCAUAUAGAGUUUUUAUUAUAUUUAUUGUUAGUGGAACGUUUGUAUUCUUGUAAAAGCUUUAGAUGGCUCCAAAUGGCCUUAAUUAAGAACUGGGGUCUGGACAGCACAUAUAUUUGUUACAGAGUUGGUUCAGAGCUCCUAUUGCAUCAAACAGUAAAAGAAAGUCACUUCUAUGCAAAACGUGUCCUUUGUGAGGUUUUGCACUAAGAAACCAUCAAUAAAGUGGAUGAAAUGUGA